ACUUUUACAGUUCGUACAUGGCUGCUUUCACUCUGUCUCCAUUCAUUUAUAACUCUGUCCUAAUCAUUUUAUCUGUUUAACGCAUUAAUGUUUUAAAGACAUUUUUUGGGGGGGGGGUUAGGAAAAAGCAAUUAUUUACUUCACAGAAAAUAUUUCAAUUAAUUUCUGCUGUAUUAAUGCACACAUAUAAACUCUAACUUCAUGAGCAUCAAAACCAUUUCAGGAUAUUCCCAGUUUGACCACUAAACCAGUAAGACCAAAGAUUCCUAAGUGCCUGGUUUGGUUUUAAUUUGGGAAAAAAUCUAAAGCCAAAGCAGAAACUAGUCUGGUUCAGACCAGAGUCUGGCUCCAUAUAUGCUGUUUUGUUUUAUUGCUUUAUUUUCAGCCACUUUUGCUGCUUAUUACUUCACUGCUUAACAGAGGAGUAAUGAAGGGUAAUGCAAAUGUCAGUUGACCAUUUGUAUCUGAUAUCAUUUCACAGGAAUGAGGAAGCAGACACACUGGACUGAGGUCAUACUGUACAUCACUAGGUCAUGAUGUCAUCCAUUAAGUAUGUUACUCCACUGCUGCAGAAACAGAGCUUUGCUGACCUAUUACCACCUGCUUCUUGGUCCAGUAAUCACCCCCUCAUUGUGUUUAUGUUGGACCUGGUAUGGGUUUUCAUGAUUCGGACCUCUUGUCCUGCUGGGUUCUGUUUUUUUCUCUUACAUGUAGUCUGCAGUUUUGUAAACCUGUUGUUUACUGUUUAAGUUGUUCAUUAAAAAUUCAGUUCAUUAUGAUUACAACUGCUCUUCUCUGGACGUGGGUCCAAUUCCUGAAAAUAUCACAACAGACAAACAUGUCUUCUUUUAUUCGUCAGAAUGCUGUGUAAUGUUUAUUCCUGUUGUUAGCAUUUCAGAACCUCUUUCAUGUGGAUGCCCACAGCACAGCUGCCAGUCAAUUAUGGUGGAACUGACAGUUGGAGCAUGACAGAGGUUCAACUGGAAAUUCAGGUUCAACCUAGACAUACAUCUUUGGUGCCUCUUUAGCAGAAAUAUUUGUGGCAUUUGGUUCUGAAUAUGUGCCAAACAGAAAGACAGUAAAGACAUGCUGUCUUUACUGCCAGUAAAGACAGUAAAGACAGUCUUUACAGCUGAGAGUUUAGCCGGUUUGGUUUCAGAACGAGCCGUUGGACAUGAACACAGGCAGCUUCUGACAAUCUACCAAAAGGUGACCUGCUCAGGGUGUGCCCUGCCUCUCACUCAACGCUGGAGACAGGCAGCACCCCUCCAUAACCCAGCAAAAUAAGUAAUAAUGGACACUCUACAACGUAUCUUUGGCCUAUGCAAAACCAUCUACGAGAGGGCCGAAAAUGCAAAGGCCAACAAAGAUCGCUGUCAACGAGUCGCCCAAAGAGUUCAAGCCCUGGAGAGACUUGUUAAAGCCAUUGAAGAAAAGGGACCUGGUCAAAUCUCUUCUGCAGUUCAACAAUCUCUGAAUGAACUCUGCGUUACACUGGUGUCUGCAGAGCAACUAAUGAGAAAAUUCUACAAAUCCAAUGCUAUUGAAGGCUUUGUUAAGUCUAGCUCUAAUGAGGAUAAGUUCAGUAAGAUUAACGAUAAACUAAAUGACAAUUUCCAGGUCCUGUCAGGAGCACUGCAGAUUGAGCAGAGGGAUAUGUUAAUUUCGCUCUGCUCAAGCAAGAGGAGUGUUAAUGAAGGUAAUGGCCCUGCACAGACAUCUCCAUUGCCAUUCCCAAUGCCAGAGCCCUGGCAUGCAACAUCAGUGUUUUCUCCUGUUGCUCAGCCACAUCAUACAGUACCAAUGUCUCCUCAAUCACCACCAUUCAGCCCCACAGCACCGUGUCCUCUCCAAACACCACAGUUCAGACCUCCAGCACCUUUGCCUCCCCAAACACAACAGUUCAGACCUCCAGCAUGUUUGCCUCCCCAAACACAACAGUUCAGACCUCCAGCAUGUUUGCCUUCCCAGACACAACAGUUCAGACCUCCAGCACCUUUGCCUCCCCAAACACAACAGUUCAGACCUCCAGCACCUUUGCCUUCCCAGACACAACAGUUCAGACCUCCAGCACCUUUGCCUCCCCAAACACAACAGUUCAGACCUCCAGCACCUUUGCCUUCCCAGACACAACAGUUCAGACCUCCAGCACCUUUGCCUCCCCAAACACAACAGUUCAGACCUCCAGCACCUUUGCCUCCCCAAACACAACAGUUCAGACCUCCAGCACAUUUGCCUCCCCAAACACAACAGUUCAGACCUCCAGCACCUUUGCCUCCCCAAACACAACAGUUCAGACCUCCAGCACAUUUGCCUCCCCAGACACCACAGUGCAGACCUCCAGCACCUUUGCCUCCCCAGACACCACAAUUCAGGCCUCCAGCACCUUUCAUACCCACAACACCCACUGUUCCUCCCACCAUUCAAAGGUCUAACCCUACAACUGCUGUGCCAGCCCCACACAUCCUGUCUCCCAUGUCAGGGCCCAUCUCUACGGUCCCUCACCAUUUCCCUGCUUCAGUUCCAGCCCAUCUCCUUAAUCCUGGCAAUGUUGCAUCAAUGUCUGGCCCUGCUGUAAUGAACAUUACCAUACAAAGCACCACAGUUGUGACACAUUAUUCAGGCAACAACCCUGGUUUUCAGUAAUUUGCAGUCCGAAAUACUAAAUGGACACAACUUGCGUACCAGCCCCUUGAUGCACUUUUACACUAUGAGUCACACUUAUGUUCACAUUUAUACAUUCAUGCACAGAAUUGGUUGGUAACUUGAAUUUCAGUGCCUUGCCUCUGUUGUAUGAAAGGGGCAGUGUUAUAUAAAAUGAACAUUUUUGAGCUUUACGUCACAUUAUAAUGUUAUUAAUAUUAUUUUCUCAUCAAAAACAUACUUGGAGUGUUGAAUUGAUUCUUUCAUGCAUGUUUGAGAAAUAUUUUAGUCUAUUGUGGCAAACAUUUAGCGGUGCCAAACGCCUGUUAUAUGAUGGUGAAGUUGGACCUACCACCGCCUUCGAGACACAGCUCCUCCUAGGAGCUUCAGUUUCCAAGCAUCUGAGCUUCUGUCUCAGAGCAGCACCAUCCCCCCUCCAUUCUAUGUAAUUCUGUAUAUACUCUAACAAACUCAACCUAGUAGAAGUAACUUUUUAACUCUAUUAAUGGAUCCAUUAUAUGUGUAUAUGCUGCUGUCUUUUCCAGAUAACUUACUGAUUUUAUAUUAUCAUUAUUAUUAUUGUUAUUAUUCAAUUGUUUUAAUUUCUUAAUCCACUGAUGAUAAUGUCAGUGUUAUUUAAUUCAGUUCACUAUCAUUGCUUACACACACAUGGUCAUGCAUGUUCCAUUACUAACCCACAGUACUUCUUUUCUUUUUCACUAAUGUACUGUUACUAUGUAUCUUGUACUGUGAUGAAUAAUGGAAAAAUGAACGAAUUAAAAAAUGCAAGUCAUUUUUUGACCUGCACCAAUGGCUUCCAUAUAAUUCUCUGCUGUUUUAU